AUGGGUAGUUGUGGAAGAGAAGGAGCUGUUAGACAAUAUAUAAGGUCGAAGGUUCCUCGUUUAAGAUGGACUCCUGAGCUGCACCGUUGCUUUGUUCACGCCAUUGAUAGUCUUGGAGGUCAUCAUAAGGCUACUCCCAAGCUCGUUCUUCAGUUGAUGGAUGUCAAAGGGCUCACAAUUUCACACGUCAAGAGUCAUCUUCAGAUGUACAGAAGCAUGAGGGGUGACUUGGGCAGACAAGGUAGGACACCCUCCCAACAUAGGAACCAAUCUUUUGAGGAGCACGAUGAUGGGUGUGUUGAUGAAGUGAAUGAUGUAGGUGUUGAGUACUCAUGUUCGAAACCCAUGGGAAGAGAAUCUGAUUCCUUCUUCGGCCACAGCAAUCUCCCUCCAAAAAGAGCAAGAAUCGAGACGAGGAGUUCCAUCUCAGAGAGCCUGCAAUGCAGCCAAAGAUUAUGUGAUGCAGUUCCAAAUCCGUACUGUUUUUAUGAUUAUCUGCAGAAGCCCAUGGUUGAGCAGAAGGGAAUAAAGGAGUUCUGUGAGGCUUCAACAUGGCAGACACAACCCCAUUCCUCUCUGUUACCACAUUUUCCCAACCUCACUUCAUUCAAAUGCCCUAACCAACAAUCAGAUUUCCUCCAGGUCACAAAAUUAAAUGAAGGAAAGAGCAGUGGAAAGCCAAUUAAUGUAGAUGUGAAAAAUGAGACAGGUGAUACAGAAGUUGAAGAUGUAGGAGGGUAUGAAUUGUCGUUGUCGCUUACAUUGCCAAAUCCUUCACCUCAGAGAAGUAAUGGUUCAUGUUCAGCCAGUGAGAUCAGUGAAGCAAUCUCAUCAUACCCUGCUGCAGGGUUUAGCAACUACAAGGACUGCACUUGUUCAAACACUCUCAAAGAAACAAUUAAUUUGGACCUUUCUUUAGCCCUAUGUGGCAAUUGA